AUGGCAACGGAUCCCACUUGUCAGGAUUCCAAGCCUUUGAUGCAACGCCGUUCCCAGUCGCUCAUCGUCAUGAAACCCGUAGAUACCUCUCGAAUCAUUUUGGAAGGGAAUUCUGCCACUCUGGAGUGUCAGUUUCAGGCCCCAGAUGGGGUAGCGGUUUUCUGGAAAAAAUCUUGCUCCCCAAAUUGUAGCAGCAAUCUUGACGUCUCCAAUACCAGCCACCGCAUAAUCUCUACAAACAUCAUUCAGGGCUGGUCAAAGCUCUCCUUUCAUUCAACCCAAAGGAAUGACACUGGCAUGUACUACUGCUUUGUUGUUGCUCACUCCGGUAAUAGGAAAUCGUGUGGAACAUAUCUAUGGGUCAGGAAAUCUCACCCCAUCUCCUUCCUGAAUAUGAGUGAAUCCAUUAAAAACAAGAUUAUCACUGUGGAGGGAUUCCUUCUGCUUAUCUGUGCCAUUGGUCCUGGCCUUUUUCUGCUAUUCAAGAAGAGAUGGGAAAACGAGCGCCUCUUGCAGGCCAAGAACAAAACUUGUGAAGAGGAGAAUCUGUAUGAAGUAAGUCACUGGAGUGAUUCAUGAGCAUA